AUGGCUUGGUUCAGAGGCUUUUCAUGGGCCAUUACACUGGUUACAGUGGUCUUGAAUGUCUAUAUCUACACUUAUCCAAGUUUCACUCCCGGGAAGUGUUCGUGGAAUCAUAGCUAUGAAGAUGGCAGUGAUCUAAUUGGCGAACGCGUCAGAAAUAUACCGUAUUUCGGUGAUCUUUACAAAACAUUCUUCGUCAAGGAGUCCAGCGAGAAAUUACCGCAGCCCCGUGAUAUACGGAUGAUGGCAUUUGGCGAUCCGCAGAUCAACGGCAAUUGGCCUUCCACUCCUUAUAUCAAGAGAUUAGACAAUUUUGGCAACGAUUACUACCUUGGUCAUAUCUAUAGAGUGAUGAAAAGCCGAUUGCACCCCACUCAUGUUGUUGGAUUGGGUGAUCUGUUUUCGUCUCAGUGGAUCGCUGAUUCCGAGUUCUACAACAGAACCAGAAGAUACAUGACGCGUCUUUUUCCAAGACCUCAAGAACAGACCUUUGCUGAGCUCGACUUCAUAGCUAUGCAUAAAGAUGUGGACUGGGUAAGCCAUCUGGAAUGGUUUCAGAGAAGCCUCGCGGACGGCCUAUUUCUGAGGCCGGAAUUCUAUCAUUACGAAAAUGUUUACGACUGGUCUUCUGCUAACCUGACUCAUGAGCCAUUAUUUAUCAAUGUUUCUGGGAAUCACGACAUUGGAUAUGGGGACACAACUUACCAGCAUAUGGCUAGAUGGCGAAGGCUAUUUGGCAAGGACAAUUACUGGAUAGAAUUUGAUAACGAUACAGAUCAUCCUUGGCGAAUAGUUGUGCUCAACUCACUUGCCCUAGACGGGCCUCUUUUGCAGCCGGAAUUUAAGGACUACACAUGGCAGUUUAUUGAAACGUUAAAGCAAAGAAGUUACCAUGGCUCGUCUAUUUUGCUGACUCAUAUUCCAAUGUACAAACCCGAGGGUCUUUGCGUGGAUGGCCCGUUGGUGGAGUACUUCAACGAAAAGAAUUGUCAUCCUGGCGGAGAAUACAGAAUUGGACUUUUGAAAUCCGAAAACCAUCUGCAAUACGACACUUCUCAGGCUGUGAUGAAUGCAAUUUUUAAGGGAAACUACUCUGGCAUCAUUGUAACUGGCCAUGACCAUGAAGGAUGUGAAAACUACUAUAAUUAUAACUUCACUUCUGGGGAAUGGCAUGCCUCCAAGAGCAUAGAUUCCCCAAAGUACAUAAAAGAAGCGACAGUCAGAUCCAUGAUGGGUGAUUUCGAUGGAAAUACUGGACUCAUUACGGGGCAUUUCAACCAUGAUACCAAAAGCUGGGAGUUCAACUACAAAUUGUGCCCCUUUGUUGUCCAGCACGUUUGGUGGGUUGCGCAAAUUGGCAUUGUGCUUAGCAUUAUGCUUCACUCCAUAAACUUUCUGCUUUAA